AUGCAGGUGCUGUUGCUUUUUAGCCGCCAGGGAAAGCUUCGACUGCAGAAAUGGUACAUCCCUCUGCCGGACAAAGAGAAGAAAAAGAUCACCGCAGAACUUGUUCAAACCGUUUUAGCCCGGAAACCUAGAACGUGCGGCUUUCUGGAGUGGCGAGAUCUUAAGAUUGUUUACAAAUCCUAUGCGAGCCUGUAUUUUUGCUGUGCUACUGAGGACCAGGAUAAUGAACUAAUUACCCUGGAAAUAAUUCAUCGUUACGUGGAAUUACUGGACAACUGUUUUGGCAGUGUGAGUGAACUGGAUAUCAUCUUUAAGUUUGAGAAGGCUUAUUUUAUUUUAGAUGAGUUUCUUUUGGGAGGGGAAGUUCAGGAAACAUCCAAGAAAAAUGUCCUUAAAGCAAUCGAGCAGGCCGACCUACUGCAGGAAAAAACAGAGACUCUGUAUCACAGCCGGAGUUUCAUUGGGCGUAAGAGAGCGUACUAGGCUACCUGCCGGACUGCUGACACGCGUCCAAAUAUAGCGGGAUGUAUGAAUUCAGUUUGAAAUUGUGGUUUUGUCAAGGUUGUUGUUUAUAUUUUGGCAUUCCUUGAAAAGUCUAUAAUUA